GUGUGCGUGUUUGUGUGGGUGUGUGUGGGUGUGGUGUGUGUGUGUGGUGGGUCACUCACUGUCCCGCAUGUUGUGGCAGGCUGAAACGUAUCGUGCUGCCAGGGCGCUGCAGUCUCUCUCUUCUCCUAACAGGACGGGUAGUUUGUGGGUAUCAGAGAGACGGCUGAACUGGGGGUGAAUUUGAUUAAUUUGUCUAUAAUAAAUUUCCCGUAUUUGUUUGUAUUUCUCACACUGAGUGAGAAAGUGCAGUCUCUCUCUCUCCUUCUCUCUCUAUCUUUCAGUCUGAGUCUCUCUCUCAGUCUCUCUCUCUCCUUCUCACUCUAUCUCUCAGUCUGAGUCUCUCUCUCUCUCAAUCUCUCUCUCUCAGUCUAAGUCUCUCUUUCAUUCUCACUCUCUAACUGACUCUCUCCGAGUCUCUCUCUCUCUCUCUCUCUCUCUCUCUCUCAGUCAAUUCUGUCAGUCUCUCUCUCUCUCUCUCUCUCUCUCUCUCUCUCUCUCUCUCUCUCUCUCUCUCUCUCUCUCUCUGUGCUGUAUGGUGGUGAAUGGUAAGCUCAGUGGUGGGUAGUAGAGCUGUGUGUGUGUGUGUGCGCAGGACCGCGCGCUCCUCCUGAUCCAACACGCGGACUAACUUUCAGCGCGAGCUCCUCUCCCCCGCUCCUCUCCUCCACUCUCUCUCUCACUGCUCCAGCUCGCUGUGCUGCUCGGGCUCGCGCGCUCCGCUGCUGCUCCUCUGCUCCGCGCUCGUGCCCAGGCUGCAGCUCGCGAUAGUCCAGCCUUCCUCCUUCUCCUCCUCUUCUCCUCUUUUUCACCUCUUUCUCCUGUUUUCCUUGUGGAGGCUCUGUUUAUUCCUGAUACUCUACUUCACAUGCUCUCAUCACAUAUAUGAGCGAGCUGCUCCUGAGACCACUGGGAUUAGAGCACCUCACACAGCUGCAGGGACAUGGAGCUGAUGGGCUUUUACUUCUUCCAGCUGAUCUUCUCAGCCCUGCAGGUGCUGUUAUAUGCUAGUAGAGACUGCCUGCUGGCAGGGGAUUCGUGCUCCAGUGAUGAAACGUGCAGCCCACGGCUCAGGACCCUGAGGCAGUGUGUGGCCGGCGACGGCAGCGUGAAGCUGGGCCCCGGGGCCCGGAGCCAGUGUGCCAACGCCGUGUCCGCCCUGCUCUCCAGCCCCCUGCACGGCUGUCAGUGCAGACGCGGCAUGAAAAGAGAGAAGAACUGUCUCAGUAUAUACUGGAGUCUCCACCAGUCUGGCAUGCAUGGGCUAAACCUGGUGGAGAGUUACCCAUAUGAAGCAGUGGAGAAAGGUUACGACUACGUCCGUCUAGCCUCCAUCACUGCAGAGUCUGAGCUCGGUAUGUCCACGGUCAACCGUUGCCUGGACGCCGCCAAGGCCUGCAACGUGGAUGACGUGUGCCAGAAGCUGCGCACAGAGUAUGUGUCGGCGUGCAUCAAACCGGCCGGCAAGUCCGGCCUGUGCAACCGCUCCCGCUGCAACAAGGCCCUGCGGCGCUUCUUUGACCGCGUCCCGGCCGAGCACACCCACGAGCUCCUCUUCUGCCCCUGCAGCGACAUGGCCUGCUCCGAGAGACGCCGGCAGACCAUCGUCCCCAGCUGCUCCUACGAGGGGCCAGAGAAGCCCAGCUGCCUGACGGUUAUGAGGGUCUGCCACGCGGACUACAUCUGCAGGUCCCGCCUGGCCCAAUUUCAGCAUGACUGCCAGCCUGAGGCCCAGUCCGCCAGCGGCUGCAAGCAGGGCAACUACGCAGCCUGUCUAGUGGCCUACACCGGACUGAUAGGUAGCCCCAUCACGCCAAACUACGUAGAUAACUCCACAUCCAACGUUUCUCCGUGGUGCUCGUGCUCAACGAGUGGCAAUCAGAGAGAGCAGUGCGCAGAGUUUCUGGAUUAUUUCACCGACAACAUCUGUCUCAGGAACGCUCUCCUGACAUUUGGGAACGGAAUGGACCUCACGCCCACCCCCAGCCAAUCAGAGCGCUUAAGCCCUGUGACGGACAGAGAAGCACGCCACACCACUGCCGGCCUCGUAACCAUGGAUACGGAUCAGAACAUAGCGAGCCCAGCCAUGCCCACACAGGACACAGAGAAUGAAAGACUUUGGGGCGACUCCACCAUCCCCUUCCACACAGACCGUAACUCUGCCCACGUGAGCGCUCACGUGUGCCUGCUGGUGCCCACCUGUCUGCUCCUGCUCCUUCUGCUUGGCUCUGAGCAGUAGAAGUUCCAAAGGAUGUUUGUGAUGUCUCGUAGGAAGAGUCUGGGACAAUGGACCAACUGCGCCAAUAUUUUUUUAUUCAAGAGUGUGGGAAAAAAAAAAAAACAACCCUUCAGCGACCGAAAGCUCUCCAACAUCAACUUCAUCAUGUUGUUUGUGCGUUUCUGUGGAACUACGGAAGCCUGCUAGCACCCGCCAGGGUCGGACUUUGCCGGGCGGUGACGUUUAUUCAUGGUUUAAUCUAGCUUAAAAGCUAGUGGGGAAUCAUAGCUGUAUAUAUGUACAUAUCAUAACGCAGAGUCGAUAUCAGAGUUUAUUGUACGUGAAGCAGCUUCAGCAGCAGCAAGUCCGAGGACCAAAAGGUGAUGUCCGUCGUGUGCCGAGAUCCAAAUUACUGGUCAAAGCUCUGAAAUCAGCUCCUGAUGAAAUGUGAGGGAGGGGGGGGGGGGGGAGAAUCGAAAGCCUUGUUUUUCUUUUAUAGCUCCUCAUGCAUCACUUGAAGCGUUCGGAGGCGCCUCGGGAGGAAAUGGGGAUUUAAUAUUGUUCUGUUCGAGUUGAGUGAGGAGAAAGACGAAGGCUGUUUCUGAUCAAUACUGCGACGGCAAAGCCUCUGGGUGGAGGUAAACAAUACGCCUUUCACCGCUCCCACCGAUAUUCUGGACGAACACCAGUUUCUAGAUCAUUCCCAGGUAUGCUGUGCGCUCUGUGGUUUCUGGAAGACAUCCAUCUCCCGUUUUCAUGCUUCGCCUGACUGAGCAUCAGAAAUAACGAACACGUCCUUCUCGCCAUCGCUCCCGUCCUGUCCAAGAACAACAGAUCGUUCUGAGAGAAGAAGCUUCUCUACAGAAACAUUGUACCUCACACACUCACUCUGCAGUGAUCUUUACAUAGGUUGAUUACAGAGGAAGUCUAUGUUUCUCAUACUAAAUUACAUAGUUUAGAGUUUUCCUUUUUCCAGCCCAAGUGAGGAUUAUCUGACCAGAUAAAAUGAGAGUUUUGGACCCAAGGGAAUGCUGUAUGGUGUACAAUACUGUGGCACUACAGGAUUAUAAUGAGGAGAACUAUUUUCAUAUGAAAAAUAAGGGGCAUAAUGGUUCUUAUGUAAAGAAGAAAAAGAAGAAAAAGAAAAAGAUGGCCACUAAUGGUCUUCUAAACUCUUAGAAAUAAAGCUAAAGCUAAAGGAGCAGUGCCAUAGCUGAGCUUAUUGAACUUGUAUUGGUUCCUUAAAGCAGUAGUUCUCAAGCCAAACCAAUCAACGGAAGACACCAGAUGACCCACAUUAUUUGGUAUUAUCAUCAUCAUCUACAGUGUCCGACAAAAUAGGCACUUUACAGGUUUAUUUGUGUUCGGCAAAGUACACACAUUGUUAAUCCACCUACAAAUGUUGAACAUGAUUCUUCAGGUGUCUUUUGUAGUUCUAUAACAGAUUACAGAUUGUAGUCAUAUAUCUGCAUACUGUUUCUCUGCAUACGUUAAUAUCCUUCUUUCUUGGUCAGGACCCCACAGGAUAACCCACCACAGAGAGAGCUGGCAUUAUUUGGGUGGUGGGUCAUCGGGUCAUUCUCAGCCAUGCACUCUUCUGGCAUGGUGGUGGUGUAUAAGGUGUUAGUAUGUGUUGUGCUGGUGCAAGCAGAUCUGACACAGCAGUGCUGCUGGAGUUUUUAAACACUGUGUUGACUCACUGUCCUCCAAUCUAUUAGACACUCAUACCUAGCUGUUCAUUUGUUGCUGCACAGGUUGUGUUGGUCAUCCUCUAGUCUAGAUUCUCUUAUUGGUGGACUAUUCCCAAUCCAGAAGUGUUUAAAAUGUUUAAAAACUCCAGCAGCACUUCUGUAUCUGAUCCUCUCUUACCAGCAGUGCUGAGAAUGACCCAAUCUACCCAAAUAAUACCUACUCUAUGGUUGUCCUGCAGAUAAAUAGAAUUACUACAGUCUAAUUACAGAACUACAGAAAUAUGCUACUAUAUGAUCAGUAGAGCUAAAAAACAAUGGAUAAUGGGUUUAGAAACAAACAGCUAUUGUGCUUGUUAUGCUUGAUUGGUGUAUAUCUGUUAACUAAAGGUACUAAAAAAAAAAUCCUCUAGAGGGUACCACCCCCCCAGUCACAAGAGGCAUAACACCCCAGUUGACAGUUUUGGACCAUUUCCUUCUGAGAAUGUAAGUGUCUUUAGCUUGGUUGGAGCAAGAAUCUUGUAGAAUCUUUUUUUAUUGGAGGCUCCCUGAGGCCUAAUUAGUGAACCACUGCUCUAAAAAAAAAAAUCUAAAUCUAAAUCUUUGAAUGGAUGGAAUUUUACAUAUUCUGCAUAUAUGUACAAAUGUUCUAUUCACAUUCAUGCCUUGUUUUUUUUUUCAUUUUGAUAUUUUUCUGAACCACAAAUCCAACCCAAGAAGGCAGGAUUGAAAUUGUUUUUUUUUAAAACAGAGUGAAGACAGUAAAACAAGCAGUGUUGAAUUACCUCUCCAUGCAUUGAACUGAAUGGAGCUCUUGCAGUGUUAAAUUAGUUCAAUUAUCUCUGGCAGUGUUGUGAAGAGCAGAUGAAUUGUCACUGGUGGCUGCAUAGUCCACGAUGUUCUUAUAAUUACAGUACGAUUGGAGGAGCUCAGCUUUGAUUUGUAUUAUCUCAUGUGGAUUUCUCUCUCAGCAUAAUGUCUUUAUGUGUAGAGUCUCCUCAGCGCUCUCCUCUUGGACUCUCCUCGUGUCAACGGAGGUGUUCGCACUGCCUCAGACAGCUGGACGCGGCUGUUUCCGCAGCCGGACGUUCAUGGGCACGAGGGAUGUUCACACGGACGUGCGGGAGUCGAGACCUUUUCCGCCGGUCGCGCUCCCUGCGGUGCCCUCGGCAACCGGCUGUGAAUCUCAUUCCAGAACAGUAUGAAGUUCAUCUCAGUCGCUGCCAAUAAAAGA